GGAUGAGAGUAGACGUGUUGUCGAUUCCCCGAACUCUCUUGUCGCGUGUUUUUAAAAUCACGAGUGUUAUUAAUCCUGGAUUACAUUUCUUUGAUUUUACUAAGUGAAGUUUUGAUAUGUGUUCAAUUGAGUGUGUGAAUACAUUGGAUUGAUUCUAAAGUGAUAAUGUGGUCUGGCAAGAAGCCCGAGGGAGCCCCUGGGUCUCCCGCCGAAGAGGAGAUCAAAGUGGUGUUAGUGGGAGAUACGCAAUGCGGGAAAACGUCGCUGGUGCAGCGGUUCGUCUCCGACACGUUUAUUGAGGCGUACAGUCCGACGGGCUUCGAGAAAUACGGCUACACAUGUACAGUCGCUGAUUUCAGAGUCAACUUCUCUGUUUGGGACACGUCGGGAACUACCUCCUACGACACGGUCAGGCCGCUGGCGUACCAGGACGCGAAGAUCUUCAUGCUGUGCUUCAACGUAGCUGAGCCAGAAUCCCUCCACAAUGCUGCAGCCAAGUGGUACAGAGAAGUUCGUACGCACGGCGGCUCCGCUCCUGUACUCCUGUGCGGCUGCAAAGCUGACCUCCGACACGAUAAAGAGACCCUCACCAUGCUGUCCAAGCUUAAAGCACACCCUGUUACAAGCGAAGAGGCAUUAGGUGUAACGAGACAGCUUGGAGCCACGACCUAUGUGGAGACCUCCGCGCGAGCGUCCAGCAAAGGCGUCAAAGAUGCCUUCGAAGUGGCCGCCUUUGCCGCGCUGGGGAAACUCAACAAACAGCAAAUGAAACAACAGAAACAGCAAGUCGGCCGCAGCAAAAGCAAGCGCGACCUGAAGGCAGAGCUGAAGGGGCGCGCCAAGAGCUGCUGCGUCAUGUGAUCCGCGGCCGGCCACCCCUCGCGGUGGCCGCACGACGUCUAAGCCAUCGCGAACGCUCCCAGAUAAAACCUAAGCGCCGUUAGGAAGAAUUCAGACAAAGAGCUGCUAAAUGUUU